UCGCGGCGCGUCUGCCACUGGGCCCUGCGCACGGGCAAUCUGCGGGACGCGCUGACCUUCUACGAGCUCGUCUUCGGCCUGCGGAUCCUGCGGCACGAGGAGUUCGCCGCGGGCCACCCGGAGAGCGGCGGCGCCUACGGCGGCGCCUGGUCCAAGACAGUCGUCGGCUGGGGCCCCGAGAGGACCGACUUCGCGCUCGAGCUGACCUACAGCUACGGCGCCGACGCCACGACGCAGGCCGACGGGUUGCUCCACAUCGCCGUGGCCUGCCCCGAGGCGGCGACGCGCGCCGCGGCGCUGGGCUACGCCGUGGCCUACGACCGGGGCGCGCCCGUCGUCGCGGGCCCCGACGACGUCAAAUACAAGAUCGUCGAGCCGUCGUCGGGCCGCGCGGAGCGCUGGUCCGCGGUCUGCCUCAAGAGCGCGAGCCUGCGAUCGACGGAGCGCUACUUCGUCGACGUGCUGGGGUGGACGAAAUUCGCGCGGCCGCCGCCGGGCUGCGCCCCAGCGGGGUCGUCGCUGACGCUGGGCUUCGACGGCGACGACCAGGUGCGCGUCGUCUUCUGCGAGGGGUCGCCGAAGCCCGGCGCGCGGCGGGGGCGCCUCGCCGUCGCCGUGCCGGACGCGCGCGCGGCCCACGACGCCGCGACCGCCGCGGCCCUGGGCUCCGUCGUCGCACCGGCCGCGACGCUGCAAACGCCGGGCAAGGCCGACGUCGGCGUGAGCGUGCUCGCGGACCCCGACGGCUACGAGGUCGCCGUGGUCGGCGCCGCGGGCUUCUACGACCUGGCCCGGCCCCGCUACGAC